AGGAGGGAGGAGGAGGAGGAGGAGGAGGAGGAGGAUGAAGAAGCGGAGCCCGGAGGCCAGCUGCCUGCUGCCGCUCGCGCUGCUGCUGCUCCUGGGACCGCGCGCUCCGGGCGCAGAAGCCGCGGCUUGCCAUGGCUGCUCGUCAGGAUCCAAAUGUGACUGCAGUGGGCAAAAAGGAGAAAAGGGUGAAAGAGGGUUCCCGGGUUUAGAAGGCCAACCAGGUUUACCUGGAUUUCCUGGACCAGAAGGACCUGCUGGACCAAGAGGUGAAAAAGGGGACGUUGGACUUCCAGGACCUGGCGGACCCAAGGGAAUUAGAGGACCUCCAGGUCUACCAGGUUUCCCAGGAACGCCGGGACUUCCUGGGCUGCCAGGUCAGGAUGGGCCGCCGGGACCUUCAGGUAUUCCAGGAUGCAACGGAACAAAGGGAGAACGUGGCCCUCCCGGUAGUUCAGGAUUUCCAGGCUUACAGGGGCCCCCCGGUCCCCCUGGCCUCAUGGGGUUGAAGGGCGAGCCAGGUGAAAUAAUCACGUCCAUGGUACCAGGACAGAAAGGUGACUCAGGAUAUCCAGGUCUGCCAGGAAUCCCUGGACCACCAGGUUCUCCUGGAGCACCAGGCCCGCUCGGUCCUCCCGGGCCACCAGGCUUGACGGGACCUCCUGGUCAGCCAGGACUACCAGGCCCAAAGGGCAAUAUGGGCUUGAACUUCCAAGGGCCCAAAGGAGAAAAGGGUGAACAGGGACUACAAGGACCUCCUGGGCCUCCAGGACAGAUCGGAGAGCAGAAAAGACCAGAUGACGUCGAAUUUCAGAAAGGAGAUCAGGGUGUUCCAGGUGAACGAGGGCCCCCCGGCCUUCCUGGGCCACCAGGUCUUCCUGGCUUUCCUGGUGGUGGCAAAGGUGAAAAAGGUGAGCAAGGAGAACCAGGCAAAAGAGGGAAAACUGGUAAAGACGGAGAUUCCGGUCAGCCUGGCUUGCCUGGUUUACCUGGUGAUCGUGGGCUACCUGGCUUUCCUGGAAGAGAUGGGGAAAAAGGUCAGAAAGGUGACACGGGUCUGCCUGGCCCUCCUGGACGUGUGAUUCCAAGGCCAGACACAGGAACAACAGUGGGCCCAAAAGGCAGCAAAGGUUUGCCAGGAUUUCCUGGAGAAAAAGGCGAGCGUGGCUAUCCUGGCCCAGAGGGACCCUCUGGCGUGCCAGGUCCACCAGGAAUUCCAAGUGUUGGGCCUCCUGGUGCUCCUGGUCUACCUGGAGAAAGAGGACAGAAGGGGGAUCAAGGCCUCCCUGGGAUUUCCAUCCCAGGACAGCCUGGAAUUGAUGGACGACCUGGCUCUCCUGGCCCUCCAGGCCCUCCCGGCCCUCCAGGAUCAACUAUUCCACCAAUUGAUCGAAUAUGUGAGCGAGGACCUCCUGGCAGCCCAGGCCUUCCAGGAGAACAAGGAUUUAUUGGGGAGAGAGGCCAGAAAGGCGAUAAAGGAGGCACGUGUUUUAACUGCAUAGGAACUGGAAUUCCUGGCCCUCCAGGGGAGAAGGGUGUGGCAGGGUUACCUGGAAGUCCAGGUUCUCCCGGUUUACCUGGACUAAAGGGCGAUAAAGGUUUCCCCGGUCUAACUGGUGUGGCUGGGCCAAAAGGUCUUCCCGGCACCCCAGGCCCGCCUGGCCGUCCUGGUGCAAAAGGCGAUCCUGGCGACAUUCUUGCUUUUCCUGGAAUGAAAGGCGAAAAAGGGAAUCCUGGCUUCCCAGGUCCUCCUGGUCUGCCUGGCUCAGACGGUUUUCGUGGGCAAGAUGGAUUGCCAGGUCUUCCUGGGCCCAAGGGAGAGCCAGGAGCCAUUGCUUACAAAGGGGAAAGAGGCCCCCCAGGUGACCCAGGCCUACCUGGGCUUCCAGGAGAUCAAGGACUUCCAGGUUCACCUGGCUUUGGCCCACAGGGUCCUCCAGGUGAGAAGGGCAUCCAAGGUGUUUCCGGACGUCCAGGAGCCCCUGGAGUACCAGGACCCAAAGGAGAUCCCGGACAAACAGUUACAGAACCAGGGUCUCCUGGUAUCCCUGGCCCUCCAGGCAGAGACGGCGAAGUUGGCCUCCCAGGUGAUCCUGGCCAGCCAGGCCAACCUGGAUUGCCAGGAAUCCCUGGCCAAAAGGGUGAACCAGGAUUACCCGGUAUUGGACUUCCAGGCCCACCGGGGCCCAAAGGUUUCCCUGGGAUGCAAGGUCUCCCUGGAGCACCAGGAAACCCUGGGAGAUCUGGUCUAGAUGGACCACCAGGGCCACCAGGAAUAGCUGGACAGAAGGGUGAUCGUGGAUUUGGUGUCCCAGGACCUAGUGGGCCACCCGGACCCCCAGGUUUUAAAGGCAUACAAGGCCCCAAAGGUGAUCCCGGCUUUCCAGGAAAUCCUGGCACACCAGGACGUGCAGGGUUUGAUGGAACUCCAGGGCCAAAAGGAAAUCCUGGACCACGUGGCCAGCCUGGAUUAGUAGGACCUCCAGGAGUUCCAGGAAUUGGCAGCCAAGGUCCCCCUGGGGUCCCGGGGCCCCCUGGACCUGUGGGCCCCCCAGGGUUGCAAGGUGCAUCUGGAGAGAAAGGAGAUCCUGGUCCACCAGGAUUUGACAUUCCUGGACCUCCAGGCGACAGAGGCAUCCCAGGAUUUCCCGGAUCACCUGGUGUCCCUGGCCCUCCAGGUUCACCUGGACUGCCUGGACGAGAUGGCUCACCUGGACUUCCAGGUAUUAAAGGCGAGAUGGGGAUGAUGGGUGCUCCUGGUCCCCAAGGUCCUGGUGGAGGCGUUGGUAGAACUGGCCUUCCAGGCCCCAAAGGCAACGAUGGUGCACCUGGCCAGCCGGGCCGUUCGGGAGUUCCAGGACAAAAGGGCAGCAAGGGUGAAACCGGCCUGCCGGGCCUCCCAGGCAAAGUUGACCUAGACCGGCUAGGCUCCAAAGGCGAGAAAGGGGAGCCAGGAGAACCAGGUGCUCCUGGUUUAACUGGGCAGAAGGGUUACCAGGGCCUUCCAGGUGACGCGGGGUCUCCAGGACUACCUGGGCAGCCAGGUGCACCCGGCCUGCCAGGCUCCAAGGGAGAUGUAGGUUUUCCUGGGCCUCCCGGACCAACUGGGCCCCCCGGACUGAAAGGUUCCAGUGGUGAAAUGGGGCUUCCAGGUCCCGCAGGUGUGAAAGGUUCACAAGGCUUAUCAGGACGUCCUGGCCAGCCAGGUUCUCCUGGAUUCCCUGGACUGAAGGGAGACAAGGGUGAUCCAGGCCGUUCAGACAUUGGGAUUCCAGGUCCUCCUGGCCCUAAGGGAGACACCGGUUUGCCUGGCUUUCCAGGGAACCCUGGCAUUAAAGGGAGUCCUGGCAGUGCCGGUUUGCCUGGUUUACCUGGCAACCCAGGUGGAAAAGGUGAACCCGGCCUCCCUGGAUUCCCAGGGACACCAGGUCUUUCAGGACCAAAAGGUAUUGAUGGACCUCCAGGCAAUCCAGGUGUUCCAGGACCACCUGGGCCUCCAGGUGACAUUGGGCACCCUGGUUCCCCAGGCUCUCCGGGGGAGAAAGGACAGCCUGGGAGGGAUGGCAUUCCUGGGCCAGCAGGGCAGAAGGGUGAAACAGGUCAACCCGGUUUUGGCCGCCCUGGACCUCCAGGACUCCCAGGAUUACCAGGUCAGAAGGGUGAUUUUGGCUUACCUGGACCUCCCGGGCCCCCCGGAGCACCUGGUUUGAAGGGGGAGACAGGCACAGAGGGAUUUCCCGGCCGUCAAGGUCCACCAGGCCCUCCAGGACCCCCUGGACUACCUUCCGAAGGACCUAAGGGUAGCCCUGGGCCACCAGGCAUACCAGGGAGGCCAGGUGCCACAGGGCCUCCAGGUCUACCUGGUCCAGAAGGUGCCCGUGGACCUCCCGGAACUGGAGGAAUUAAAGGUGAAAAGGGAAACCCCGGCCAGCCCGGCCAGCCUGGACUACCUGGUCUGAAGGGAGAUCAAGGACAACCUGGACGCCCGGGAGAUUCGGGUCGUCCAGGUCUGAAUGGCAUGAAAGGAGAUAUUGGUGUGCCAGGAGUUCCAGGAUUCCCAGGUAUGAAGGGGCCCCUUGGGCCUCCAGGACCAGCCGGCCUUAGAGGAGACCCUGGACCUCCCGGUUCUCCAGGUGCUCCGGGAAUACCUGGCCCAGCUGGACAAACAAUUGUGGUUAAAGGUGACCAAGGACCACCUGGUCCCCCAGGGCAGCCCGGACUGAAAGGCCUACCUGGACUGCCAGGUCCUCCGGGGCUUCCAGGUCCAAUCGGUCUGCCUGGUGAUCCUGGACGAGACGGGCUUCCCGGGUUUGAUGGCCCAGGAGGACGUAAAGGGGAGAGAGGCGUUUCUGGUCAGCCAGGCUUGCGGGGUUUGCAGGGCCCUCCCGGUCCAGAUGGGCUGCAGGGCCCCCCCGGCCCCCCAGGAACUGCUUCGGUGGCUCACGGGUUCCUCAUAACACGCCACAGCCAGAGCACAGACACGCCACUUUGCCCACAUGGAACCAUUCGGAUCUACGAUGGAUUUUCUCUUCUCUAUGUCCAGGGGAAUGAGAGAGCCCAUGGACAGGACUUGGGCACUGCCGGGAGCUGUCUGCGCCGGUUCAGCACCAUGCCCUUCAUGUUCUGCAACAUCAACAACGUCUGCAAUUUUGCAUCUAGAAAUGACUAUUCCUACUGGUUGUCCACUCCUGAGCCGAUGCCAAUGAGCAUGGAGCCAAUAACAGGGAAGACCAUCCAGCCAUUCAUCAGCCGCUGCACAGUCUGCGAAGCUCCCGCCAUGGUGAUAGCUGUGCACAGCCAGACCAUUCAGAUCCCACCAUGCCCACAAGGGUGGUAUUCCCUGUGGAUUGGCUAUUCAUUCAUGAUGCACACGAGUGCUGGUGCGGAGGGGUCCGGCCAGGCGUUGGCUUCCCCAGGCUCCUGUCUCGAAGAAUUCCGCUCGGCCCCCUUCAUCGAGUGCCACGGCCGCGGGACCUGCAACUACUAUGCCAAUUCAUACAGCUUCUGGCUGGCGACGGUGGAGACAACAGAAAUGUUCAGCAAACCUCAGUCGGAGACCCUCAAGGCCGGAGACCUGCGUACACGUAUCAGCCGAUGCCAGGUAUGCAUGAAGAGGACAUCAUGACCGGGAGACUGUUGUGAGACAACCGAGACAUCUCCUGAUGCGCUUGUCCUCAGCUCUACAAUGGUGCUAUUGUGCAAAGGAAAAUAAAAUAAAAUAAAAUAACUCUGAAGAAGAAGAAAAGAAAAUCCAGACAAUGCAGAUUCCGGUGUACCUCUCUAAGAACCAUCUCGACGACCAUCUUCUGGUGCAUUUUUGGUUUUGUUUUCUGGUCAAGGGGACCGGCCUCUUGGCGAAGACAGGAGGCGUUUCAGGACCGCCGGGGACUGGAAGGGGACAUGAUCCUUCCACCCCAGGAGUUUGAGAGGGCGCUCUGAAAAAAUUGCCUCGGGAAAGGAAGAAACCGCAAUGCACUGUGAUGACUGAUAUGAGGAGAGACUGUGCAGUUCCGAAAAGCAGAUGCAUCAUGGUGCUACUAACCCUACUGUACCCCAGGUUUUUAAUAUGAAAUGUUUAAGCUUAUUUUCUCCUUUGUAAGUAAUGAAAUGUGUAUAUUGUGUAAACACAUUUUUUAAGUUUUCGACUUCUCAGUAAUUUAGACACAAACCAGCCUUAAAUCACUGACUUCACCAAAAGAAACCAAAACACAUAUAUAUAAAUAUAUAUAUUUAAAUAUAUAUAUAUUAAAAAGCUGAAAAAUACCCACUGAAAGCAAGAAACGAUAUUGUAUAGCCAGGAAGGGUCAAGGGGCAGUCUAUUCUCCUGUAACAAGCUACUACUGAGUUCUUAAGGUUUAUUUUUUUUUCCCGAGUUCUGGUAACAUUUUAUUUGGAAAAUGUAUAACAACACUCCAGCCAUGUUUAAAAAAAAAAAAAAAAAUGGGGGCAGGGCUGUUAAUGUCUAUAUUGUAUACCAUUCUCUCAAUGAUUUUAUUUGUCCUUAAAAGCCAAAAAAAGAAGAUGACAUUUUAAAGUGUUUUAUUUUUGCAUAUUCUGUGAAAUAUUCAAAAUGUUCAGCCAUAUCCUAUAUUCUUCUAUAUGAAAGGCAAAACCCCAUAUCCAUUCAUAUAGAAAUAACUUAUGUUGGUACAGCUAACUAGUCCAGGGGAAAUAUGCAGGUGACACAAAUGUUAUAAAUAUUAUCCAUGCACACACACAUACACUUUUUCCAGACGUGAUCUCUAGUAUUUUAUCCCAAAUAACUGUACACUUUGAGAAUCCUUUUGACUGAAAUAAAGUGAAAACUGGUAAAAAUGUGC